AUGUCGUCUACCGCUGCAAGGCUACGUCCCAAGCUCAAAGCUGUCAUAUUUGACAUGGAUGGGACCCUCACCAAGCCUCAGACAUACAUGUUCAAAGAGAUGAGAGAUGCCCUCAAAAUUACCAAAGAGCAGGACAUCCUCGGCUCGAUUGAAGCACUUCCAAGUGAAGAACAAGAAGCAGCUCAUGACAAGAUUCGAGAUAUCGAACGGAAUGCCAUGAGCAAAAUGGAAAUCCAGCCAGGAUUGCAUACGCUGUUCAAAUACUUGGCAGAGACAAAAGUCCGAAAGGCUAUUUGCACGCGCAACUUUCAUGAACCAACGCAGUACCUGUUGGAUCAUUUCCUUCAAGACUACAAGAUAUGGCCAGUCAUCACGCGUGCCUUUACACCACCCAAGCCGUCUCCAGAACCAUUGCUGCAUAUUUUGGAGAAGUGGCCCGAUGUCGAAGUAGAGGCAUGCAUGAUGGUGGGUGACGGUGCAGAUGACAUCAAGGCGGCACAAGCUUACAAGAUGGACACAAUUCUUGUGCUCAACAAGGACAACGAAGAGCUGAAGAAGCUCAAUCCGACGCAUGUUGUGCAUGAUCUCAGCGAGAUUAUUCAAAUCAUCGAAGAGCGUACUCAAUUGUGA